GGAGGAGGAGGAGGACUGUUCCAAGUGUCACCGGAAAAUACAACUUUGCGGAACUUUUCGUUGCGCGGUUCUCCUCGGGGAACAUCUGGAGGAGAGUCCUAUGUCCCCGCCUGAGCUCCCCGCCGACGGCAGCCGCCGCUCGCAUUGAAGGUUCCUCGGGCGGCACUAAAGUCCCUUGGACUUGGACUCUGAGCUUCCGUUCACACACUAGUUGAGCCCUGAGAGCAACAGGAAUUUGGAAGAUCUGGAAUGGAAAGAGCCUAAAGCACCCAGACGAAGAGCACCUCCUACCUCUCACAAGCCCUUCCCAAUCAUCUGGUGUGUGGCCACCAUGCGUAGAUUCAGCUCCGAGGGAUCCCUCCUGGAUCUGGACUUCUUCUCUUGGAGAAAGGUGGCACUCAAGAGGCCGGAGUGUGACACCCGGCGGGAAUCGGGCACAUACACGCCACACGUUGCGGAGGAUGAGGCAGACGGGAGGACUGCCAUGGAGCCUCCGGUGAUCCAGGAGCCUGGCCCUUGCAAACCCGUGAAGAAGCCACUGAUGAAGGAGCAGAGUGUCAGCGUGGAGAACCUGAGAGAGCUGGGGAAACAGGAGAAGAUCUAUCUGGAGGUGUGCAGCUUCAAUGAAGGCUACAGGGCCUACAGUGACAGCCAGUUGGCCCCGGCGGCCAAGGGAAGCACGGAGAGCGUGGAAAGAGACGACCCGCCUCCUUCGUCUCCUUCGUCUCCUUCGUCUCCUUCAUCUCCCUCCUCCUUCUUCAAAUCCCAGCAGCGGCAUCAGCAUCGGGCCAAACUGGCAGCUGCAAAACUGCACCUCAAGAGCCUCUUUGUCCAGAGUCCUCAUUCCUCAAACUCCAACCUGGCAACCACGGAACACAAAGACAGUGCCAAAGAGAGGAGGUCACGUCUGCACUUCAUGCGUCAGUGGAGCCAGGUGGGCCUCGGCAAGAAGCGCACCAUAAGCCGAGAGGAACUGGACAGAUGGGCCAAGUCCCUGGACUCCCUGCUGGCCAGUCAGUACGGAGUUUCAGUGUUCGGGGCCUUCCUCCGCUCCGAGUUCAGUGAGGAGAAUCUCCAGUUUUAUCUGGCGUGUGAGCAGUACCGCCAAUCAUCCAACAACUUCAGUCUGCAAAGGAGGGCCAAGGACAUCUGCACCACCUACAUCCAACCUGGUUCCCCUCGGGAGGUGAACCUGGACAGCAAAACCAGAGACCUGACCCUCCAGCUGCUGCAGGCUCCCUCGCACGCAUCCCUGACCCGGGCACAGCGACGCAUUUACUCGCUCCUGGACACAGACUGCUACCCCCGCUUCCUGCAGUCCAGCAUCUACCUCGGCUUGCUGCGGGACUGCGAACUGUGAACGGGCGGCCAACGCGUUCGGGAAGCUAAUCAUGCAGACGGCAAAGUCGGAAGGCGUGUCGAGGCCGGAAUGACGAUGUCAACAAAUGAAUGCUAAUUUGCGAUAACGAACCCAAUCAAGCAGCCUGCAGGUCUUGUCCAUGCAGGUCUUGUCCAUGCAGGUCUUGUCCAUGCAGGUCUUGUCCAUGCAGGUCUUGUCCAUGCAGGUCUUGUCCAUGCAGGUCUUGUCCAUGUAGAAAUCAGCUGAUCAUGGCCGCUUCCUAAAGUCAGGACUUGAAAUCAUCAAACCUGCAAUAAUAAAGUCAAUUCAAUCAAUGGGCUCAUUUAGUGCAUAAACCCAAACCCGGGGGCCAUAUUCAUUCAUAUUCAUAUUCAUAUUCAUAAGAUGUAUUAUUGACAGAGCUGUCAAACAUCGCACAUUAACGAUGGUAACUCAUUUACUUUAUUGACUAUGUUCAAAUUUUUUUGCAUAAUUAACAUGCACAUAAUUAAUUAAAGUACAUGUC